AGCUCAUCGCCCAUCAAGUUCAUGAUGAAGUCUUGCACUGUGUGGUUGUGCACCUAUGUCUGCGUCCUGUUCUUAGAGGAGGCUGUGAGUUCCUGGGAUAGCGCUCCUUCUGUGUCUGUGUCCUUGCUCAAUGACAGCCCUGUGGCGGAUGGGCCUUUGCCCACCGCUCAGCCUGAAUGGGUGGACUGCAUCCAGGCCAGUGACAUGUGCAACCAGAACCCCCACUGCAGCUCUCGAUACCGGGUCAUGCGCCAGUGCCUGGUGGGUAAGGAGAAGGAUGCCAUGUUGGACAACAACAGAGAGUGCCAGGCCGCGCUGGAGGUGCUCCUGGUCAGCCCGCUGUACGGCUGCCGCUGUAAAAGGGGCAUGAAAAAGGAGCUGCAGUGUCUGCAGAACUACUGGACCAUCCACAUGGGACUCAUUGAAGGUGCAGAUGUGGACGAUGCAUCUCCUUAUGAACCUGUCGCCCCUGUACAGCCUUCAGAGGAGUUCCGAUUGGCCUCCAUCUCUUCAGGCAUGCUCACAGUGGCCCCCAAAGGAUCCUUCUGCCCCGAGGCCGAUAGAACCUGUAACCCCUGUCUGAAUGCUGCCAAAGACUGCAACCUCAACAGCAACUGUAAGAAGCACCGAUCAGCCUACAUCGUCACCUGCAGCAAAGAGGACCCCAAAGGAGACACUUGCAACAAGAAGCGUUGCCACAAAGCCCUACGCGUGUUUCUGGACCGUGUCCCUGCCGAGUACAGCCACCGCCUGCUUUUCUGCCCCUGUCAGACAGAGGGCUGUGCUGAGCGCCGCAGGCAGACCAUAGUGCCCGACUGCUCCUAUAAAGAGAAGGUCAAACCCAACUGUCUGGAGCUGCAGCGUGUGUGUCGACUGGACUCUCUGUGCAGGUCGCGGCUGGUGGAUUUUUACGUCAACUGUGCCGAGAUUCAGCACACAGUGAGCAACUGCCCCAACCAGGGAAACCAUCAAGCCUGUCUGGCCUCCUAUGCACGACUCAUAGGGACAGACAUGACUCCAAACUACGUGGACAGCAGCUUCUCAAACUGGACCGUUUCUCCGGCCUGUAUGUGUGACGGCAGUGGAAACCAGGAGGAGGAGUGUAUGAAGAUCCUGCGCUACUUCACCCAUAAUGCCUGUCUAAAGAACGCCAUCCAGGCCUUUGGGUACGGCAACGAGAACACUGCUGGGAAAAGCACGUCUGUCCCUGGACCCCAUGUGACUGUAAUGAGGUCAGAACUGCCUGUCACACCCAGGACUGACGGAUACAUCAGUAAGUUUCCAGUCGAGUCCAGCCAUGACCCGAUGGAGCCCCCUGGUCUGCUGGAGGAUGGAGGUCCCUGUGUGCGUGCUGGUACCUGGUUGGUUCUGUUGGCUCUGUUCCUGACCCAGCAUGCCUUAUAGAAGCAUGGCCAAAGAAGAGAGAGAAACAGGUCAUCCACCCACAAGCUGAUCGUGAGAGCAGAAGCUAUGAUUUCUGUGAGUGCGAAAUGGCAUUCUCGAAAAAAAAAAAGGAUUGUGCAAAAAAACAAAUGCAAAAUAUAAGGAGACUUUGUGUUGUCUAUUUAAUGUAUUGUGAAGGCGGAACCAAACUGUGGGAGAGCUUUAAGAGAAGAGACACUUGGAUAUUCAUGCUCUCGCCAGUGGACUAAAGCUGAACUUGUCAAAGACUUUUGUGCACCACCAAAGGAAAAGAAAAAUAUAUAUGAAGUUGUUGCAAAAACACAACAGACAAUUGGGAGGGUGUUGGGUGAGAGAAUCUUAUAUGUGACUUUUUUGCUUUGAAUCUUGACCAAUCAGAGGACGGCAACAGGGGUGUGAUGACAUCAUUGUAUAAACUUGAAGCUGUACUCUUGCGUGUCAUACGUGUUGCUAUAGUAACUGUGAUCAUACUUCAUGCAGCCCGUUGAUUUGCUUCGCUAGCUGACUUUUACAAAGACUAAAAGGUGUUGUUACAAUUGUCAUUUGAGAUGUCGUGGUCAGGCCAUAUGUCAGCGGUCACUAUGUAUAUAUAUUUCUUUCCAUCCUUAAGCUAGAAGUAUUCACACUAAGUGGACAUUACCUGUACUGAGUGUAUUCGGUACCAACAUGCAACUCCUAUCUAUGUCUUGAGAAGGUUUGAUCACAAUGAAUGUA